GUUAACUUUCAUUCCAGUUAAAUUAACACAAGAGAAUGGUGUUGAGUGUGCUGUGGUAAAACGGUGGCUGUUUUUGAACAUGUGAUUUGUUUGUCCAUCGUCCGGUUUAGCAUUUUCGAAAUGGCCGUCAAAAAUUUACCGGGUUCGACGCGGUUCUUUUGGAUUUUUACGCUAGCGUUGUGGACACCAGAGGUAUGGGGUCAGCUCGUCGACAGCGACUUCAUCCCCCAGGUCUCCGCCACGUGCAAAGCCGGGAACAUGAACAUCCGCGUAGCAUUCAACAACAGCUUCUACGGCGCCGUCCACGCCAGGGACUACCGAACGCCGGGCUGCAUGGUCCACGGAGACGGUGCUAAAUCUGUCGGUCUGGACAUCAAUCUGAUGGCCCAGCAGGGGAGCAGCGAUUACUGCGGACUGCUCGUCAACAAUAAAACCGAAGAACGCUCCGUCCCCAUCGCCGUGCGCAUCCACCGAACUCUGGAGCUCGCCGACGACAAGUUCUACGUCAUCACGUGCGGCAAAGCCGGCUUCCGGAACGCCCGGAACGAAACCUCGCUGGUGUCCCUCCGGCUUCUGGAUGGCAGCCGCAAAAUCACCCAAGCCGUCUACAACAAGCCCUAUACUCUUCGGGCGGAAAUCUCGCGUCCCGACGGCACCUACGGCUUCCGGGUGAAGUCCUGCUUCGCCUUCAAUAAGCUGAGCAGCAGGGUGCCGCUGAUCGACGACAAGGGUUGUCCUACUAAUGGCGAUGUCAUCGGCCCUUUCACCUACGACGAGAAGAAAGGGACAGCCGAUGCCCAAAUCCGAUCGAUGUUCCGGUUCCCGGAAAGUACCGAAGUGCAUUUCCAGUGUGACAUAGGGCUGUGCAGGGGGUCGUGUCCGGAACCGGUGUGUCUCGAAGGGGUUACUUCCAGGGCUUUAACCACGGACGAAGGUAUCCUGAUGGCGGCUACCAGCGUGUUCGUCCUUAACCCUGGCGACGCUCCCAUCGUCCAGGAGCUCUGCGACGAAGGUGGCGUCCGUCCAUACUGGUUACUGUGGCUUUGUGUAGCACUAGGAGUCCUCUUUCUUAUCAUGUUGAUCAUUAACAUAUUCCUGUGUUCAGCGAUGACUUGUGCUUGUGCCAGGACGGAAAUUAUAGAGAAGGAGCCUAGUAUUAUAGAGGAUUACGAUCCGUACAGGUCCUGGCAUGGCAGUCAGUAUGGAUCGAGGUACUCAUUAAACGGUCCUCCCCAAAACCCCAAAGGCUACACUUCUGGCGGAUCGACGAUGAACUCCACCAGGUCAGUGUCGUCGCACAGCGACCAUUACGCUAUAGUGCAUUCAAGGCCUGGCAGCCGCUACAAGCACAGGGGGCCGCCGUCCCACGUGGGCAGCCACUAUAGUGGGAAGUAAACCUUGUGUUCACCGUUGAAGACUCGAACAAGUGUAGAAUAAGUUCAUAAUAAGUGCAAUUACCAUGUAACGAUAAGCGAUAUUUAUGCGAUGUACUUUGUACAAGAAUCAUUUUGUUAAGCGAUAACACUGUAACGACGCCGUCCAUUUGGUCCAGUUUAACAAUAGCAGUAGCUUUACGAUUUAACUGUAGCUUUAAUUUUGUAAAUUCUAAAAUUGUGGACUUUGUAAAGAGAACUGAUUAAAACUUAUGUAAAUAUACAAUUAUUUUGGA